GCCAGGAGCAUGACUGAGCAGCAGGAGCAGAGUGAAGAAACAGGCCUGAUCUCGACACAGGACCUGGAGCCCUCCAAAGACGACGACACACACGGCCACUUCAGGUUUCAGCUGAUUGAAGACCUGUCCUAUGAAGAUGUGAAGAAAUGUUACAGGGGCUCGACUGUCAGCAAGUACAACUCGCAGUACCACAAACUGUUCCAGUGCGUGCCCAAGGAUGAGAUCCUCAUGAAAGUGUACUCCUGCGCUCUCCUCAGAGAUAUUCUUCUACAAGGCCGACUCUACAUUUCCAGAAACUGGUUGUGUUUCUAUGCCAACCUCUUCGGAAAGGACAUCAAGGUGGCUAUCCCUGUAGUUUCCGUGAGGCUGGUGAAGAAGCACAAAACAGCCGGCCUGGUGCCCAACGGCUUGGCUAUCACCACCGACACCGGCCAGAAGUAUGUAUUUGUGUCUCUGCUGUCCAGAGACAGCGUCUAUGACGUCCUCCGCAGGAUCUGCACCCACCUGCAGGUCAAUGGGAAGAGUCUGAGCUUGAAGCAGUUCAUGGAGGAGCCGACCUUGUCGCUGGACGAGUUCCCGACUCCAGACGAGUUCCCGGUGGUCGACGAAUUCCCAUCAGUGUUAAAGUGGAGAAGGAAACCCUCCGUGGUGUCGGUGUCCUCCUCCCUUCCUGACCUCCUGGGGAACUCCACCGGCAGCCUGAGCGCCGCCGACACGCCCUUCAAAUCAGAGCAGCCGCUGGAAGAGCGAGCUCUGCAGACGGACAGAGGUCUUUUAUCAGAGCCAGUGGCGGAGCUGGGCCAGAUGGAGUACCAGCUGCUCAAGUUCUUCACCCUGCUUAUCAUUCUGCUCAUCCUGUCGUCGUGCUACCUGGCCUUUCGCGUGUGCAGUCUGGAGCAGCAGCUGUCUUUCCUCAGUAACCCCAAUCUGCCGCUGAGAGAAAGGUAA